AUGACAUUGGGUGACAUGAUGAAGAAAGAGAAGCUGAGCUACCCUGAUGCCAUUACUGUUUUACUUGCUUUCCGUGAGUCUGUGGCGAAGAAGUCUUCCAAGAAGCCCAGCAAAACCGAGAAAGCCAACACGAACUCCUCAGCAGGUGAGUCAGCAGCCCCGGCCGAAGCCGAUGAACCCCAGCCGAAGCGCAAGAAGACCAAAGCCGAGGAAGCCGAUAAGAAAUCCGGAAAGCAGCCCCCAGCCAAGCAAGCCGGCAAGAAAUCCAGAAAGCAGCCCCCGUCUGAAGCUCCAGUCGAUUCUGUGGACACUGGCACGAGAAGCUCUGCUGAGGUGCUCGAGGCGCCGUCCAAGCGACUCAGAGGUAAGACUGGUGCAGCAAACCAGAUCCCCGAAGACACAGAAGCAGACCAGAUCCCCGAAGACGCAGAAGCAGACCAGAUCCCCGAAGACGCAGAAGCAGACCAGAUCCCCGAGGACCCCAACUUGGAGGAAGACGACGAGUCGGGGCCGGAUGCACAGCGCCUGCUGGCACUGCCUGGGCCGGAGCCGCCUCAUGGUGAUGCGAAUGACAGCCAAGCGUCUGGUAGUACCUUUGCGGACGGUCAAGCCAGGCUGCACUCAGGCCGCCUCACCAACAAGGACCGCCAGGACUCCCGGACGAAUCUCAGCGAUCUCGGGCCCUCGGCAAGCCAAGUUGCAACUGCAUUUGACAUGAGCAUGCUGUUGCAGCGUGCGCAGCAGUUGGAACUGGAAAAGGCCGACAGCUCAGCAGCGACUCGAAAUUUUAAAGGUACCACUUCGGAAAAGGACCCCGUGCCCGAAGACGCUUCGAAAGAACCCGCUGCAUCGAAGCCUGUGGCUACGCCUGUCAGGGCCCUGGCCAAGGUGCAUGUGCUCCACGAUUCGCCGUCGCCUGCCCCGGCGAACAAUGGUCUUCCCGCCGCGACAUAA